AUACACACACUUCACUCUCAGUUCAGGUCUGACCCCGUGUGUGUGUGUGUGUGUGUGUGUGUGUGUGAAGGAGAGAGAGAAAGAAAAAAAGUUCAUGAUAGAGGGAUAACGGGAGAACAAAGGAAAAGAUGAAGCUGUGGAUGGUGUGUGUGUUGUGUGUGGCUCCAGCUCUAGUGAGCAGCAAAUGUUUGACGGAAUCAGAAAACGAUGGCUACCUGGUCAGGCUGAGUAUUAAAACAGCUCUGGGAAACGACGCUUACGACUGGAACGACAGUGAGAUGUUCUUCUUUAAAGCGGCAGUGGCCUUCGCCAUGAGGAGAUACACCGGCAAUCAGGACUACAAUGUCUCAAACAUCGAGGUGUGUAAGAUAACAGAGCGCGUGUCGUUUUGGGUCGUGGUGAUGCCCCCGAGUGGCGGGUCUCAGCCCGUUCCUAAACAAGAAGUGGAGCUUGCCAUCAAGAAAUCGAGGCAUCGGAUCAAUAACGCCUUCCUGCUGACGGAUCAGACGCUGGAGUUUGUGGGAAUAAACCCGACCCUGGCGGCGCCGGUGACGUACGGCACGGAGCCGUGGCUGAUCGUGUUCGGCGUGGUGAUGGGACUCGUGUGUGCCGGCAUCAUCGCCAUGCUGCUCACCUCCUUCAUCCAGAGGAGACGGGCAAGGAGCAAACACUGUGAGGAAGAGGAGGAAGCCGGAGGAAGAGUGACAGGAAAUGGAAUAAUGUGUGACGUGAUGAAGGAGAAAGACAGCUUUGAUAACCGAGGAUUCGCCAACGAUGAUCGAUUCACCCAGCUGUAAAGACGGACUGAGUUCAUCACCUCUUUCAGAAGCGUAAUGCUAAUGCUUCAGCUAACGCUGCUAAUCACAGCGGUCUGGGUUUAACAGCCGCCGGCAGAAUUAUUGGCACCCUUGAUAACAUGAUAAAACUUGUCCUUCAUGGUACUGAAACCUUCAGCAUCAGUCGACUCAGAUACUGUUUCUGUAAAAACUUUAAAGCUUUAUUUUAUUAUUAUUUUAUUUUUACUGAGUACAAUUUCUGUACACGUCAGAGCAAAGAGCUAAUCAGUCUGGUGUCUUCUUGUGUAAACACUUUAAGUCCAAAAAUAAAGUCCUUUCCCAAGUCCAA